AUGACAAAGAUUGCUCUUCUCGGUGCUGCUGGUCAGAUCGGGACCCCUCUCAGCCUCCUCUGUAAAGCUGCAAGCAUAUCCAGCAAUCUCUUUGAUGAAAUUGCACUUUAUGACCUUGUUCAUACACCCGGCAUCGCCACUGAUCUCAAUCACAUCGACACUAAAGCGACUGUUUCAGGCUUUUUACCUGCUGAUGAUGGUCUGGCCAAAGCACUCAGCGGCGCGGACCUUGUCGUCGUCACGGCUGGAAUCGCCAGGAAACCUGGAAUGACGCGCGACGAGACAUCUUCACCCAAGUUGCAAAGACAUGCCCCCAAGGCACUUUCAUGCAUCAUCACUAACCCAGUGAACUCGACGGUUCCCGUUGCAGCGGAGACUUUGCGUGCGGCUGGUGUCUUUGAUCCCACGCGUCUUUUUGGCGUGACCACUUUAGACGUCGUGCGCGCGUCGACCUUUGCUGCACACGCUCUUGGCGACGCCGACCCUACCAGUAUCAAAGUCCCCGUCAUCGGCGGUCACAGCGGUGCUACAAUUCUUCCUCUCUACAGCCAGGCCCAACCGUCCAUCGACUUGGGUGCCGAACUGCCCAACGUUAUAAACCGUGUUCAGUUCGGUGGUGAUGAAAUAGUGAAGAGCAAGCAAGGAGCCGGCAGCGCUACGACGUGCAUGGCCUAUGCGGGUUUCAGAUUUACCAAGGCCCUCCUUACAGCGAAGGCAGGAGAUCCAGUCGUAGAGGAGGCGUAUGUUUACCUGCCGGGGAUCAGUGGAGGUAAGGAGAUCGCGACCCAGCUUCAGGUUGAUUACUUUUCGGUCAAAGUGAAGCUGGGUGAGCAAGGAGCACUUGAGGUGUUACCAUUUGGCAAUUUGUCAGAUGAUGAAGCGAUUCUCCUUGAAAAGGCUGUGAAAGAGCUGAAGGUGAACAUCCAAACGGGGCUAUCAUUCGUGGGUAACAAAUGA